GGCCCCAAGGCCUCCUGCAUUUCCUUCAAGGAUUCUGCUUGCCGAUGCUUCGGAUUCAUGAUUUCCAAGAAGAAGUAUAUCUACACCAUUGAUGAUGACUGUUUUGUGGCUAAGGAUCCAACUGGGAAAGAUAUCAAUGCAUUGCAACAGCACAUACACAACCUGUUAACACCAUCAACGCCCUUCUUCUUCAACACAUUGUAUGAUCCAUAUAGAGAAGGGGCUGACUUUGUUCGUGGCUAUCCAUUUAGCAUGAGGGAAGGAGUGCCAACUGCCAUCUCUCAUGGGCUCUGGCUCAAUAUCCCCGACUAUGAUGCCCCAACUCAGCUUGUCAAACCUCGCGAGCGCAACACCAGGUAUGUAGAUGCUGUUAUGACCAUCCCCAAACGCACCAUCUUUCCUAUGUGUGGGAUGAACCUCGGAUUC